GGGUGGGUGAGUUUUCCCUGAUGGCAAACCGUUUGGAAUGAGGCAGCAGUAUGAACUAGCAGGUGGGGGUAGCACUAGGGAGACAUUUUCCAAUCCUGAACCGACGACGGUCCGGUGAAAACAACUUCAGUUUUGCAGUAGCAAGCAACCUACUCAUUGUUUCGAGGCCGACGCCCAUCUCACCACACAGAAGCCAUGGCAGAUGAAGCAGACAUGCGCAACGAGCUGGAAAACCUGCAGGCCAAGGCGGAUCAGAUAGCCGACGAGUCGCUGGAGAGCACUCGGCGAAUGCUGGCAAUGGUGGAGGAGAGUAAAGAUGCGGGUAUCAGGACUUUGGUUAUGCUGGACGAGCAAGGAGAGCAACUCGAUCGUUUCGAAGAUGGCAUGAACAAGGUCAACCAAGACCUGAAGGAGGCCGAGAAAGAUAUGAAGGGUUUAGGGCAAUGCUGUGGCCAGUUAUGCCCAUGUAUUGCCAAGAUAAAAGGAGGGGGCCAAGCCUGGGGGGCCAACCAGGACGGAGUGGUGAACAGUCAGCCGGGGGCCCGAGUGGUGGACGAACGUGAACAGAUGGCCAUCAGUGGGGGCUUCAUACGCAGGGUAACGGACGACGCCCGGGAGAAUGAGAUGGACGAAAACCUGGAGCAGGUGGGUGGCAUUAUCGGCAACCUGCGCCACAUGGCCCUGGAUAUGGGCAACGAGAUCGACACCCAGAACCGGCAGAUCGACAGGAUCAUGGAUAAGGCUGAUUCCAACAAGACAAGGAUUGAUGAAGCUAACCAGCGCGCCACAAAGAUGUUGGGCAGUGGCUAAGCCACAGCGACAAGUGCUUUCUAACCCCCAAACCCCAGCCCCAAAACCCCAACCGCUCCUUCUGCGUCCCUCCCAAGCUUGUCAUGGGGCAGUGCAAACAUGCUUUCAUCACAGUACUCACUCUGUAGGUUUACACACAACACGCACAUAUCAGAUGCCCAACCCCUUAGUCCCUUCCUGUUGUAGAUGUUGUUCUGUGUCGUCUGUCUUUGACUUUUAUUAAAACGAUAGCAUUGAAACAUCGUCUGGUCCUCGCCCCCUAACCCCGCCCCCCCAGUCCCACUCCCCAGAAGUUGUACAUAGUGUUUAUUCCAUGGCUUUAGCUCAUCUGUGGAUCAUUUUUUUUUCCUCCUCUUUAUCAAUCUCUCUGUCUCGCUCGUUUACUUUUUUAUUCCAAUACAUGUAUUGUACAAACUGUAUUUACAUCCUUACACGAAAACUGCUACUGCUUUGCACAGGAUUACUAUUGCUUUACAUGAUAAGGAAAAUGCUUCAUCAUAUGUCGUUUCUUCCAUGUUGUCAGUAUUAUGGCAGUGUUGUCGAUUUGAGACACUGACUAUCUAUUGUUACACGUCGUUUUGAUGCUAGACGAGGACUUACCAAGCAAGUCAGGAAUCGCUUCUCCUUAAUAGCUGUAUUGAGUAUAACUAGCCCAGUAAAGUCAGGACUCCCUUCUUAAACAUUGUGACCUUCUUCCCAGACUCUCUUCUACACAACAGCCAUUUUGAUUGACUAGUGAGGCAUCUCCGCCUCAGUCAGGCCUUGGUGUCCCCCACAGGGAAUUAAACACACUGACUGAGGUUAGCAGCUUUUAUUAAAAAAAGAAUAUUUUUCAUCAGUCUACUAUAACUGUGGACAAUAAGUCUACAGUAGUUGUACAAGGCUCUCAGAUUGUGAACGAUGGAAGUAAGACGUAGCCUAAAUAGUAAUUUGUAGUGGAAAAAAAGCACUAGCUAAAAUGAUACACAGACAGUUAUUUCAUUUGUUUCCUAUAAAACAAGGCAUAUUUAGGCUACCUCCUCCCUCCAAUCAGGUGCAGAAUCAGUUACAUUAGGGCUGCAUACUGAUAAGACCUAAAACCAAGUAAGACGGAAAUGAAUUUACACUGGGGUCGGGCUGCGCUCCACUAUAACCAACUGGAACGUAAUAACUAAUUGUCAGGGGCGGAGAAGACCGGAACAGGCCCACUUGGAUAUCCAUCCCCCCCCACAACCCCGAGGCUGGGAUGGAGCUGUACACAGCUGCAACAAAAAGAAAACACAUUUUUAAUACCUACCCCCAGAUGGGCCCUAGUUCCCCAGCGACCCAUUCUGGGUUGGCCCAGCCUCUCUGUCACACGCCUGCUGAUGUACAGUAGCUGUGUGUGUGUGUGUGUGUGUGUGUGUGUGUCAUACGUAUCCAUCAGUGGGAACUUACACAUUAAUCAUCGGGCAGAACCACACAAACAUCCAACAUGGCUGCCACAGCACACAUCCAGCAGUGCGUCCGAUGCCCACAGCCGAGAUCACCCCGCUUCCUGCCACACUGCAAUAGUGCCACUAUUAUUUUUUCUUUUCUUCCACUAAUUUCUUUCCAGACUGUGACCAUUACUGUCAAUAACAUGGAAAAAUGCCAAUUAAAACAUGACCAUAGAACAAA